AUGUCGACUGCAUCGGCCCCGGCGGUUCCAGCUUGCUAUGCUUUGCCCCCUCCUGCAGCAUCUACUGGGCGGGCAGCGGCGCCACGCCAACCAGAGCCUGCACGAUCUGCACCGAGCGGGAGGAUGUAUGCUGCACCCGUUCACAUUGAGGAGCCUUCAGAGGCCAACGAGCGCAAUGUCGUGGCAGGUAUAAUUUUGGUUAAAGAUGUUCGAGCAAGAGCUCUAUUUGAUACAGGUGCGUCACAUUCAUUCAUUAGUCGAUCAUUCGCACAAGCACAUGAUAUUGAGUAUCGUCUAGGGGAGCACGUUUGGCAUGUUGAGGGCCCCGGGCGAUCAUUUAUGGUUAGGAAGCGAUGCUUGGCAUAUCCAGUGCAAGUGAACGACUGGGUUAUGCCGAUCGACUUGUUGGUGCUCAAAAGGUUGAAGGAGUUUGACAUCAUAUUGGGCAUGGAUUGGCUCUCGAAGUACUAUGUGUCGAUCGAUUUCCCGACUCGAUUUAUCACAUUUAGGGAGCCGGGUCAAGAAGAGUUCACCUAUCGAGCUUGCAAGAGCUCGUGCUUUGCCACGACGGUAUCGGCGACUAGAGCGAGGAAGUUAGUGAACAGCGGUUGCACAACUUAUUUGGCGACCGUUGUGGAGAUUGAUCGAGUGGUUCCGACCCUCGAGGAGUUGGCGGUUGUGCGGGAGUUCCCCGAUGUGUUUCCCGCAGAAUUACCGAGAGGGUCACGUUUCAAUAUCUCGCGCAGGCAAUUUUAA